ACGAGGAAGCGCUGCUGUUGUCGCGCUUGUCCUUUGCGUCCUCCGUCCACUUCAUGUCGUAACAACAGCGCUACGCGUUGUUUCUGAGGCUAAGCUGUGGUAAUUGACUUUUUAAUGGAGUGACGAGGAGAGGGGAAAAGAAGUGGGUCGGAACCGCGGAGUCGUCUUUUUGCUUUUUAGCUUUUUAUCCGCAGUUCACCCAGGCUCUCCUGGUCGGGAAUGGCAGCUCCGAACUCGGAGCAGAGGAAGGCCUGCUGGGACGCCAGGGAUCUACUCUGGCGAUGUUUGGACGACAACAGUGACAGGAUGCAGCCCUGCCAGCUGUUCCAGGGAGACUUCGAGGCGAAAUGUCCAGCUCAGUGGGUGAAAUAUUUCACCAAGAGGAGAGACUUCCUGAAGUACAAAGAGAAGAUGGAGACGGAAGGCUUCACACCGGCUAAAGGCCCACAAAUGAAGAUCAAUGGAAUCCACCCGGAAGUGGCUGUGCAGUUUGUGUAACCGGAUCAACCGUUUCUGUGGCAGAGCAUUUGAGAUUCUGGAUUAUGACCACUGUGAGAAAACGUCAACAUUCGCUAUUAUUUUGGAAUAAAUCAAGACCAACAGGGUGAUUUUGAUGGCUUU